UAUGGUGCUCAUCAAUAUACACGUACGCAUUGCAUUAUAUAUUAACAAAACGUCGUCACAAAUAUAUAUUAAUAAUUAAUAGUCAAUUUGUCGUUGUAAAAUAAAUUCCGGCCAUUUUAUUUAUACAUAAAUAUUAUUAUUUCAAUCAAAACAACAUACAACGUUAAUUAACAAAAAUAAAAUUGUUAAUUUAAUAUUAAACAAUUGUUUAAAUUGUUUAUAAUACUUUGAGGAUAAUUUUACUGACCAUCACAAAUAGUGACUCAUAUUAUUUAAUUAAAUUAAAUUAAAAAAAUUUAUAAAAAUGGUUUCUGGAUUUGUUACUUGUGGUCCUAAUGAAGCACUUGUUGUAUCAGGAUGUUGUUAUGGAAAACCUUUGCUUGUACCUGGAGGACGUGUUUUUGUCUGGCCAAUUGUCCAACAAGUUCAAAAAAUUUCUUUGAACACAAUGACUCUUCAAGUUGAAAGUCCAACUGUUUAUACAAGUCAGGGUGUUCCAAUAUCAGUUACUGGAAUUGCUCAGGUUAAAAUUCAAGGACAAAAUGAAGAAAUGUUGUCAACAGCAUGUGAACAAUUUUUGGGUAAAGAUGAAUCUGAAAUUCAUAAUAUUGCAUUGGUUACACUUGAGGGUCAUCAAAGAGCAAUUAUGGGAAGUAUGACUGUUGAAGAAAUUUACAAAGAUCGUAAAAAAUUCAGUAAACAAGUGUUUGAAGUUGCAAGCAGUGAUUUAGUUAAUAUGGGAAUUACUGUUGUUUCUUAUACACUCAAAGAUAUUCGUGAUGAAGAAGGUUACUUGAAAGCUCUUGGUAUGGCAAGAACAGCUGAGGUUAAAAGAGAUGCAAGAAUUGGUGAAGCUGAAGCUCGUAAAGAUUCACAAAUACGUGAAGCAAAAGCAGAAGAACAACGUAUGGCAUCACGUUUUUUGAAUGAUGCUGAUAUUGCAAAAGCUCAACGUGAUUUUGAACUUAAAAAAGCAGCCUAUGAUGUUGAAGUUCAAACAAAGAAAGCUGAAGCUGAAAUGGCAUAUGAAUUACAAGCAGCUAAAACAAAACAACGUAUUAUGGAAGAACAAAUGCAAGUUAAAGUUGUUGAACGUGGACAAGAAAUAGCUGUACAAGAACAAGAAAUGUUACGUCGUAAAUGUGAAUUAGAUUCAACAGUACGUCGUCCAGCUGAUGCUGAAAAAUAUAGACUUGAAAAAAUUGCUGAAGCAAAUAAAUUACGUCUUGUUAUGGAAGCUGAAGCUGAAUCAGAAGCAAUUAGAAUUCGUGGUGAAGCUGAAGCAUUUGCAAUUGAUGCUAAAGCUAAAGCUGAAGCUAAUCAAAUGGCUAAAAAAGCAGCUGCAUUUAAUGAAUAUGGUAAUGCUGCUAUGGUUGAAAUGAUGCUUGAUACACUUCCAAAGAUUGCUGCUGAAGUUGCUGCACCAUUGUCACAAGCUAAAAAAAUAACAAUGGUACAAAGUGGUAGUGGUGCUAUUGGUGCUGAGAAAAUAACCGAAGAAGUAUUCAACAUUGUAACACGUGUUCCAGAACUUGUUAAAUCCUUGACUGGUGUUGACAUUGCUAAGUCUGUCCAUGCAGCAUAAAUUGAAGCACAAAAUAAUUAAUCAAUUAAUGAUUAUCAACACUCAUGAUAUAUUUAUCAAUUAACGAAAUUCCUCAAAGUAUUUUUCAACUAUAAUUAAAAUAUUAUUCUAUUAUAGAAAAUAAAAAUGAUAAAAACAAAAUAAAGUAUGCAGGGAAAAUUGUAGAUGAAUUUUUUUUGUUUUAUUUAAAAGUGUGAAAGAGCACUUGAUGAUGAAAUACUCAUCAAUUUAAGUACAAUUAUUUUCUAAAUAUGUCUCUAGUUUUUACAGUUUUCCAUUUUCUUUAUAAAUAAUUAUUCCGUUUUAAUCAAGUUUACUGUCUAGUCGCACUUAACAUCUGUUUUUAUAAUAUUUUGUGUCUCAUUUUAAUCCAAAUAAUACAUUGAUAGUUAUAUCAAUGAAAUUAUAGUUACCAAAUGAAUUGAGCCACUUUUUUUUCACUCAAAAAGCUUAUCCAGUGUUUAAAAAAGAAAAAAAAAAAAACAAGCAAAUGAGAAAAUAAUUAAUAAUCUAUCAAUUACGAACAAUUAAUUUUAAGAUAAAAUUAAUGAUGAUUAAACUACAGAUCUGAUAAAUAUUUUCGUUAUAAAUGUGAGUGAAAAUAAUAAAUUUAAAUAAUUAUAUGUAACAAUUAAAUAAAUGAUAUAAUAAAGAUAAAAAAAUUAAUCAAUGAUUAUUGAA